AUGAAAGUUCAUUAGGCUUCUCGUACUUUCAAACGCUCCGUGUCGUAAUAUUUUUCUCUUGCUCCCACCCUCUUUCUAAAUCACUGCCCCCUUUACUAGAAAAGUGACAGUGAAUGCAAUGGAAAAGCGAGGGACCGUGGGAUGCAGGCGAAAUUCUAUUACACCUGCCCGACUGCAACCCGCCAGCCUCUUUCAACUGUAGGGAUCAUUUGCCACCGUAUAUCUGGAUUGUGGAAUAUUGUGUAGGAUUAACAGAGAGAUAUGUGACGAAAAUACUGAUGACACCCAUAAUGCUGUCACUUAGCUGUAGCGUAUGAUUUACUUUGAGAUGUAUGGUAUGUUUUACCUGGGUUAAUUUGGUCAUUUGCUGGAUGGUGAAGAAUGUACAUGGAUGGGGUAUUCAUUCCUUGACAGUCUGCAUAUAAGAAAUCUAAGUGGGAUCGAAGACCGUCCCUAGUUUCGCCAAACCAGAUAUUUGCAUCUCGGAGGUUUCUUUUCAGAAGGAGGGAUGCAAGCGAGCAUUUCCAUCGUGAAGUAACGACGGAUUAUUUCGCACUCUCUUAAUUACACGCAUACUGAAAGAAUGCACGCAUCCGCCAGCACAUGCACGCGCGCCCAGCAUGCGGUUUUACGUUCGAGAGAGCAGGUAUCGCACAUGGCAAACCAGCGUCGGUAAAACCUAUUAAGAAACCUUCAUUCACGCUCUUUUGCUGAUGAUUUAUUCAGAUUUUAUUGCUGUGCUGAUGGUGUAACUAUGGUAUUUCGAAAUAUUAUCGACAAAUAACAUUACUGAAAAACUGCCUUAGUCCAAUUGUGGGUUUGCAUAUAUUUUCGUGGAUGUUAAAUAGUCUUGAGAGCUCUGUUUUUGGUUUUAUGAUUAUUAUUGUGCAAUUGUAAUAAGUAUAUCCUCCUCGGCUGAAGCAAGUUAUUAGGCAUAUAACAUUAAUAACCAUUAUACAACCAAAACAUGAGAGAAUUUAGCCUCAGAAUAGAUUCUGUAGGUUACCGAGGAAACGGCAGCGGUAUCGGGCAUCAGAUUGUGGAUUGCGAAAGGAUCGGGGGCCAGGAAGACGGAGAACAAGAUCAGGGAGAGGCCGUAAGCACGGAGCUCUCAGCGGGACUGCCUGCCACGGAACAGCCGCUGCCGGUACCGGGGAGCGUGGCUGGGGGGCGGUGGAAGAAAGAGCCAAAUAUUCGUGAGGAAUUAUAACAUUAACUUCUCAGGGAUGUGUUUUUAAAAUAAACGGUCUGUGAGAUUUGAUUUGAAUGGUUUAUUGUAACGAAAUUUAAAGAUUACCAGCAUUUAAAUAUAUUUAUAUAGUGUUUCUAAUACUCCGUUGUGAAAAUAUGUAUAGAGAAAGACGGAAAGAUUAACCCUCAAAAUAAUUUUUUAUAUUGUUUUUCUUAAGAUAUAAAUGAGCACAAUCUGUUUUGAAAUUUAACUCGUACACACAUGUGUACACUAAUUCUGAAAUUAGCGUAAUCUACGAGACAGUCUUGUUUUCAUAUGAAUUCAACUUGAAGACUCCGUGCUAGCAGUGUAAACCACACCUGAAUUAAAUAUUUAGUUGCUUUUUGUUUCCAGCCACAAUAGUCCAACAAAAUUUGAGAAUUUGUAUUGUAUAUGGGUCUUGUUUUACUGCCAAUUUGAAGUUUUUAAUUGAUGGUGGUUUUAGCCAUAGACUGGCCAUGAUGAACUGUUUGACUAUUUAAACAAAUGCUUGGUGUCUGUUAAGGAUAACAGUGCAUAUGUUAUAUGUUAAACAUUUUAAUUUCCGACAAAUAAGUUGUUGACCUUCCUCAUCAACUGGUAUUGGUAGCAAAUUUUGCAAGUAGUUAUACUUAAUGUAAAACACAGAGCCGACCGGAGUCAUCUGUGCAAAGCUCUGACGAUUGGUAAAGGACCGAAACUGACAUAAAUCUGGCACUCACCUAAGCAUUAUCUAAGUCAGUUUUAAUUAUAGACAAUGCAAACGAUUUCCAUAAUUAAUGGAUUGCUUACCGAUUUAGCUCGUAAAUUGAGACUCGCUGGUAUAAGGACACGCACCAGGUUUCACACGCGCAAAAUUUGGCUGAAUGAACUUGGAGGACAUGAUUAAAAUUAUAUAGGUACAUUCGUUUUGGUACCAGGAAACACGCAUCUCAGGCAUACGCCUUUUAAGACCACAACGUAUGCCAGGAUGAAUAGUUGCAUUUAAUAGCAGUAUAACAGGAAAAAUAGCAAUCAAGAGCAGCAGUUACACAGAUAUGAAGUGAGGAAGACGCUUUCAACAAGAAGUGGAAGAAAGUUUCGACAAGUCUGGAAGGGAGUAACAACUACAUCAUUCUUAGGAAGGCAAAAUGGAAACAGAAAGCAGUGGGAGAGAGAAGGAUUGAGGGGACGGCACAGAGGGAGUGAAGAACAGAGCGAGAAAGAGCUGGAGACGAGAGCGAGAGAAACGGGAUGAAGAGAGGAGGGGAGCAAGCGCGGGCUCGCAGAAAGAGCAUAGCGACUGGGAAGCAGCCAAGCAUGGAGACCCCUCCCACUGCCCCUCCUCAACCCUUUCGACAACCUAGUUUUCUCAGCAAAAGGUUGAAGGGCUCCAUCAAGCGGGCCAAAAGUCAGCCCAAACUGGACCGUACCAGCAGCUUCCGUCACAUGAUCCUGCCUCGCUUCCGUAGCGCCGACCAGGACAGGACGCGCCUGAUGCAGAGCUUCAAGGAGUCUCACUCCCAUGAGUCCUUGCUGUCCCCCAGCAGCGCAGCGGAGGCUCUGGAUCUGACUCUGGAUGAGGAUGCCAUCAUCAAGCCCGUCCACUCCAGCAUCUUGGGGCAGGAGUACUGCUUCGAGGUGACUACAGCCUCGGGGACCAAGUGCUUUGCCUGUCGCUCUGCGGCGGAGAGAGACAAGUGGAUCGAGAACCUGCAGAGAGCCGUCAAACCCAACAAGGACAACAGCCGGCGGGUGGACAACGUGCUCAAAUUGUGGAUUAUCGAGGCCCGUGAGCUGCCGGCCAAGAAGCGCUACUACUGUGAGCUGUGCCUGGAUGACAUGCUGUAUGCGCGCACCACCAGCAAGCCCCGCACCGACACCGUCUUCUGGGGCGAGCACUUCGAGUUCAACAACCUGCCCCCCAUCCGCAGCCUCCGUCUGCACCUCUAUAAGGAGACCGACAAGAAGAGACGAAAGGAGAAGAGCACAUACCUUGGCCUGGUCAGCAUCCCCAUCUCCAGCAUCACUGGCCGGCAGUUUGUGGAGCAGUGGUACCCAGUCAUCCAGCCCAGCGUCUUGGCCAAAGGUGGGGGUGUGGGAGGUGGCAAAGUCAUAAACGCAUCGCUGCGCCUUAAGGCUCGCUACCAGACCAUGAACAUCCUGCCCAUGGAGAUGUACAAGGAGUUCGCCGAGUAUGUCACCAACAACUACCGCGUGCUGUGUGUUGUGCUGGAGCCCUUGCUGAGUGUCAAGAGCAAGGAGGAGGUGGCCUGCGCCUUGGUGCACAUCUUGCAGAGCACCGGAAAGGCCAAGGAUUUCUUAUCCGACAUGGCAAUGUCUGAGGUCGACAGGUUCAUGGAUCGCGAGCAUCUUAUUUUCCGUGAGAACACUCUGGCCACCAAAGCCAUAGAGGAGUACCUCAAACUCAUUGGACACAAGUAUCUCAAGGAUGCUAUAGGUGAAUUCAUCAGAGCUUUGUAUGAGUCAGAGGAGAACUGUGAGGUGGAUCCUAUGAGGACUCCACCCUCUGUCCUGCCUGACCAUCAAGCCAAUCUUCGCAUGUGUUGUGAGCUGGCACUCUGCAAGAUCGUGAACUCCCAUUGUGUGUUCCCUCGAGAGCUGAAGGAGGUCUUUGCCUCCUGGAGGGUGCGCUGUGCGGAGAGGGGCAGAGAGGAUAUCGCAGACCGCCUUAUCAGUGCCUCCUUGUUCCUCCGGUUCCUAUGCCCUGCAAUCAUGUCCCCAUCACUCUUCAACCUGACCCAGGAGUAUCCCGACGAACAGACCUCGCGAACCCUAACCCUCAUCGCCAAGGUGGUGCAGAACUUGGCCACAUUCUCCAAGUUCAGCAGUAAGGAGGAACACCUGUGCUUCAUGAACGAGUUCCUGGAGAUGGAGUGGGGCUCAAUGCAGCAGUUCCUUUAUGAAAUCUCCAAUUUGGACAGCAUGAGCAACGCCGGAGCCUUCGAGGGAUACAUUGACCUGGGGCGGGAGCUGUCCAUCCUCCACAGCCUGCUGUGGGAGGUCAUGGCGCAGCUGAGCAAGGAAGCCAUUAUUAAGCUGGGGCCGUUGCCACGGUUACUCAACGACAUCAGCAUGGCCCUGAGGAACCCCCACCUGCAGAGGCAGCCCAGCCAUCAGACUGACCGACCGCCCCCUGACAGGCAAAUGGACCGGCUGCUCUCCCGACCGAGCUUCAACCGGGUCGUCUCCUCUGACUUCCAGGCCCACAUGAUGCGUGACCUGAACAGCUCCAUAGAAAUGUCCCGCCUACCUUCGCCUACCUCUGCUCUUUCUGGUGGGGGGCACUUGGCAUCACAUGCAGGCAUGGGGGGCUACGGGGACCGGGACCACCCACAUCGUGCUUCUUCUAAAGAUGUCUUCUACUCGACCCGUCCCCCCUUGGCACGUUCUAGCCCGGCAUACUGCACCAGCAGUUCGGACAUAACCGAACCCGACCCAAAGGUUCUCAGCGUCAACAAAAGCGUGUCCAUGAUGGACCUGCAGGACUCCAGAAUGAACAGUAUCUCCAACCUGCAGUCAGUGGGCGACAUGCUCAACUCCUCCCAAGCCUCCAUCGCAGGCCUUGGUGGCUAUGGGGGCAUGGGGGCCCUAGGCGGGGGCCUGGGAGGGGGGCUGCGGGCCGGGGGCCGCCUCUCUGCGGGGUCGGGCGGCUCAAGCAUGUCGGGCGGCCUGAGGCUGAGUCAGCUGAGCCAGAUGGGGACCACGACAGAUUCUCUGUCCCAGCAGCAGCAGCAGCAGGCGGCCGCCAUGCACUACCCGCUGUCCUUCCAGAACCCCCUCUUCCACAUGGCGGCCGAUGGGCCCCAGCUGCACCAUCAGCCCAGCCGGGCGCAGCCUCCGCCGCCCCUCCUGCUGGCCCCGGAACCCGAGCCCUCCCACCCCACCUACAUCCCCGCUUUCGGCCACGGCGGCUUCUCCCGCAGCGAGGACCUUUCGGCGCUGCGGGCCAGCAGCCUGGUGCAGCCCAGCAUCAUCCACUCACACAGCUACAGCGACGACUAUACGCGGCAGAACCAGGCCGAGUACGGCCGGCGCCAGCUGUCUGUCAUGCAGGACAAUUUCCACCAACAGCAACAGCAAAUGAUGAUGAUGGGAAUGGGCUCCCAGACAGGCACCUCCUCUUCCCUGGCCACACCCCCCUCCACUGUUCACCCAAUGCGGCAGAGCUCAAUUGCCCCACCCCCUCAGCGUGUCAAAUCCCAGACCUCCCACCAGCUGUCCGUCAGUGCCGCGGCAGCCUCCACCCCUCCGACUAAAACCCGCCCCCCUAGCGGAAAUCUGCUCCAGUCCCCGGAGUCCAGCUUCGGGGGUCGGCAGCCGGCGCCACGCCAGCAGCUAUCCGUCAAAGACACCCCCGCCCCUGGGCUGCCACACCAGCAGAGCUCAGUCAGGGAGAGCCAGGGUCCCCAAGGAGGGCCUGCAUCCACCCCACAACAAACGCAGCAGCAACCUCAGCAGCAGCACUUACUGAAGCCUACGAUUAGCAAACAGGGCACGCAGUCGCCCUCCACCCUGAACCCGCCCACCCAGGCUACUGAGCGCACUGUGGCUUGGGUGUCUAACAUGCCUCACCUGUCUGCCGACAUCGAGAGCUCACGCAUCGAGCGGGAGGAGUACAAGCUGAAGGAGUACUCGAAGAGCAUGGACGAAUCGCGCCUGGAAAGGGUGCGAGAGUACGAGGAGGAGAUCCAUUCCCUCAAAGAACGGCUGGUGAUGUCCCACCGCAAGCUGGAGGAGUAUGAGCGACGGCUCCUUACGCAGGAGCAGCAGACCAAUAAAAUCCUACAGCAGUAUCAGAAUCGCCUGGAGGACAGCGAGAGGAGGCUGAGGCAGCAGCAGAUAGAGAAAGACUCCCAAAUUAAAGGAAUAAUCAACAGGCUUAUGGCUGUGGAGGACGAGUUGAGGGGGGGUGCCAUUCCUGACCUGAAACCCCGGAUGUUUGCAGAGCAGGAAGGCCAGUUUUCCGCCUUGGGUUCAGCAGACCCCGGUGUGAUCUCUGAAAGAGGAGGAGGAGGUGGAGGAGGGAUGACCAUCACAUCUGGCACUGGAGUCUCCUCCUCGGGCGUCUCCUCUUCCAGCUUCCCCUGGAACGGAGUCGUUCCUCCCCUCCCCCCUCCUCGCCUGCACUUCAGCCAGAACGGAGAGCUCUGCGGCAACCGAGCAUCCUCCCCUGUGACCGCUACCACGGUAACCGGGACCACAGCAACGGCAACAUCAGGACCGGGCAUAGAAGAAGGGGGAGCAGGUCAAUAGCAGCCUGAACCAAAUUGGAAAGAGGACUCAAAUAAUCAACAAGCUUUCCCUUGCCUUGAUGCAGUCUCUCUCGCUUUUUUGGUAUAGAGACAGAAUUUAACAUUUUUUGCCCACUUUUAGUGUCAAAGGCAGAGAGAUGGGAGAACUAGGGGGAGACACACUUUACACACAAUAUACACCCAUAUCUGAAAAGGGCUUUUCCAAUGACCUGUUCUCAACAGUUUUUGUUUUGAAGGUCAUGCAAGCUUUUGUCAAUGUCUAAGAUAAAGGACACAGGACAAUGGACCCUUCUUUGGAGCUCCUCAAAGGAUUUCAUGGGAUUCUCUCAUGAGUCCCUUGAGGUGAUUAGGUCAAUGAGCAGGUGACGAGCCAAGGAAGUCAGAUGGGAAAAAACCUCCUUUAGGCUGUGACCUUUUCACACUGCAGACAGUUUUAUAUCCUAAAUUGGAUUUGGUAUCAGAAUAUAUAAUUGGGGGAGAAAUAAUCACAUGAUUUGGCUUUCUCAGUGCCUUUCAGUAUUUUCUAACAGGGUUUUAAAAGAGCAAGCAGUAUUGUUGCUAUUCCAAUAAGUUUAAUAGCAAAUGAGAAGCCUUUUUGAGUGCUAAGCAGUCUCUACAUGAAUUGUACAGCUUGUGUAGGAUUUUGGUUCAAUGGUGUGAAUUUGAGAGAAUUCACAAUGCUCUGCACUCUUUAAUCAUGAAUCUGGACCGGACAUUGCAUAACUGGACUGGACUGUGGCAAAGUUUUCUCUUCUCAAUCUCAGAACCACUGCGGGAUGAAUCGUUGAUACAUAAAGUACUACUGUUAAGUGCAAAGCAAACCUGUCCCUCUGCGGUACUUCACACGGUGUCUUUAUCCCCAGGGCUGCUUUUUAAGUGCAUUGCCAUUGCCUGUGUACCUUUUCUUUAUGCUUGUGUGUUGUCCUUGUGUGUAUGUCCACAUGUGUGCACACUUACCUGUGGGAGAUGGGAGAAGGGCUUGCGGUUGAUUCUCACCAUGUGAGAAUGCUGCUUUAAUAAUUCUCUAACCAAAAUUUCCUCGGACCUCGGAUGGGUGGGCUGAAUUCCCACAGUGCUUUACUGCCCAGCAUAGCCAUUGGAGGAACCAAGAAAGGAUAUUACUGGGAAGAAAUCCACUCAGUUUGGUUAAAUACAUGAUCCCAAGCUGUGACUAUCUGUGGUCUUUGAUGGCAUCUUAAUAUCCAUCAGGCGAUUGUAUAUUUUUCCACAGAAUCAGCAUGUAUCUACCUGCGUGAAGAUAUGCACAUGUUUUUUGUUGCAUUAUUUCGUAUGCACUCAUGCUGUGGUACUAAUACACACAAAUAUAUUUUGCUAGUGACCUCACACCCAUCCUAGACUCAAAAAAAAACCAACACAUUUCUGAAGAUUCCCUAUAUAUAGAUUUUUUUAAAAUCGAAUGUUGUGUGGGAUCAGGACUCCAUAUUUAGGUGUGAGUACAGAAUUGCCUGUUUUCAGUUUUAACGUCAGUGUAGCCAGCAGUGAUGAGACAAGUUGCCUUUUUUGUUAUGAAACUGGAGCAAGUGAGGCUCACACAGUAAAACUGGAAGGUUAAAGACAUCCUUCAUGGGACACACACCUGCCCUGUCAGGCUAAGCUUGUCCCUGCAGCAUGUGUGAUGGCAUCCCCAGUGCAGCAAAAUGAGCACAACAAAGAAUGACAAACAUCUUAACUAAGUUUUAUUGCUCUAUAUAUUUCCAUCUCCAUAAAGGAUGCUAAAUUAAUAUGAUCAUUAACUUAUUUAAUUUGUCCUUUCAGUUUCUUAAGUCCGCACGUAGUAUUAUGCAAGUACGAGAGCGUGACAAUGUCAUUUAAAGAAUUCACAUUUACUUUAUUCAUUUGUAACAAAUUCCAAAAUUCUUUUUUUUUUUUUAGGUUGGGGGGUGCUAGGAAUGCUGUAAUUAGUUGGUCUUUUUUGGGCACAGUUCUUUUGGCAUUUUCAUUGUAUAUUCAGCAGCAAAUUUAUUGUGCUUGAGUUCCCAAGUUUUUAAAUGGUAUUUAGCCCAUGAGUCACCAACGAAUAGGCAGCUGUUCAACUCUGCAUCAACUUUUAGUUCACUUACAUCAGCCACCUUCAUGACACUCUCUCCCUCUCAGUGCAUUUGCAGAGACAUCAUGUGUAAAUGGGUGCCUGCGUCUGCAGCUCACCCCGAUGACUGACAUUAACGUAAGCAUGCAAAGCAUUGUGGGAUCCCAUGUAUCACUGCUGACUAAAUUCAAAAUGGCCGCUGCGUUUUCGUUGUCCUAGUUGCCUUCAUCUGCAUUGUGUUGGUUUCUCAGUGAAAGAAGUUUCCAUUAUGGCUAUGCGCCAUAUUCUGUCUGUCCUGAUAAAAUAAUAAUACAAUGAUAAUAUUAUUGAUGGUUUGAAGACAUCAUUCAAUGCACAGUGCAUCUCCUAUAGGAGGCCAGCAUACCCCAUAACUAAAAAUAUUAUUAACCUACGUGCACUAUAAUGUAUUAAGGAACAACUAGCUGGUUUUCUUCCAAGAAAUGCCCAAUAUAUAUCGACUUACACUUUCUUGGCAUGCUGUUCCUAAAGCAGUGAGUAUAGUCAAAGUGAUGUAGAUCUCUCAGGAAGGCUGGUGCUGAGGGUUAAAGUAAGAAUCUGAGGGCAAGAGUAAUAUGACAGCUGAGGCUUUUCCUGGGCAGGCUCCUCGUUGUUACCUCUCCGUCCUCACAGUUGUUAGCGCUCCCUCUUCACUGCUGUUAACACUCCACCCUCACCGCUGUUAUCUCUCCGUCCUCACAGUUGUUAGCGCUCCCUCUUCACUGCUAACGCUCCACCCUCACUGCAGUUAGCACUCCCUCCUCACUGCUGUUAGCUCUCCCUCCUCACUGCUAUUAGCACUCCCUCCUCACUGCUAUUAGCGCUCCCUCCUCACUGCUGUUAGUUCUCCAUCUCUAUGGCUGUUAGUGCUCCACCCUCACUGCAGUUAGCACUCCCUCCUUACAGCUGUUAGUGCUCCCUCCUCACUGCUGUUAGCACUCCCUCCUCACUGCUAUUAGCACUCCCUCCUCACUGCUGUUAGCUCUCCAUCUCUAUGGCUGUUAGCGCUCCACCCUCACUGCAGUUAGCUCUCCCUCCUCACCGCUGUUAGCACUCCCACCUCACAGCUAUUGGUGCUCCCUCCUCACUGCUGUUAGCGCUCCACCUACACUGCUACUAAUGUUCCCUCCUCAUUGCUGUUAGCUCUCCAUCUUCAUGGCUGUUAGCACUCCAUCCUCACCGCUAUUGGUGCUCCCUCCUCACUGCUGUUAGCACUCCCACCUCACAGCUAUUGGUGCUCCCUCCUCUCUGCUGUUAGCACUCCACGCUCACUGCAGUUAGCACUCCACCCACUCAGCUGGGAAGCCGCUGCAGUACUGGAGAAUGCAGAAGGGUCAGUUGACCUAACUUUUCUGUAUCGACCUGGGCAAGAUUAGGGAUGAAACUGUGCAUUGUUGUGCAGUUGGAAGAAGGAGUCUUUUUUCACAUUGAGUUGUUGGUGUGCUCUCCAGUGGAUGAGUUGUCCUGGAACAUUUUAGUGACAUUCUGUGGUAUCCAACAAGGUUUGGGUGAGGAUAAAGUUGCAAGCUUAAUUUUGGCUGGGAGCCAUGUAAGCACCUCCUUAGGUCUUUCAUGAGUGUGUUGGCUCCCUUCUGGCACUUCUUUCCUGUUGUUUACUCAUAGCACAGGAAACAGUCACAUUUACAGGAAAUGGUGUGGAUGCCUCGCAUUGCACACUAACAAACCCUGAAGAAUCAAGUACUUGAAGCAGAUAUAUCCAAAUACAAGAGUUUUGAUUGCUUAUGAAUCUUUGAUUAGAGAUCCUUUCACAUGAGGAUGGUACAAUGGAUGCAGGGAAGGGAAAUUUCAGAAACCAUAAAGAGGAUUUUGUAAUUGCUGUAAUAAUAAUAAUAAUUGUUUAAUUGAUUAUUAAUCAAAGAAAUACAUAUUAUUGAUUGCUUGAUUGAUCGAGUAAUUAAUUAAUCAAUUGCUCUCCUUCCUACUGUGAUGCCCUUUUUCUUAAUCUGGUCCAAAAUCCUUAGGGUAAAAUUCAGUUUCAGUAAAGCCAAUAUAAAUAUUUAAAUUAUAUAAAUAUAUUUAAGUAUCAAAUCUUGUGCAAAGUUUGUGCAAAAUUGUUUGGCUAUUUAUCAUCAUAAUCACAUUUUGUUCUUUUGGACAAUGGUACGUGCAGUUGUCUUUCGUAUUGUUGUCUGUGCUUAGGGGAGCAGUGUCUGGUGGGCCUUUGUGAGUAAAAAUAUCCAUUAUUAGUUUAAUAUUGGCCUCUGAAUGUAGAAGAAUUUGCCAUCCAGAAAGGUCACCUCAGGUCAUUAGAAAAUAUAAACACUUUUCAGAUAUUUGUCUGAUGGCUCCAUGUUUUUCAUUGAUGCCUAAUGGUGACGUUUACAAAUGUGGCAUGGAUGCUGUCAAUACUGCCUGAUAGGAAAAACGAUUAAUCUCUCCGAUGCCAGUAUCAUGCAAUGAAAAUAAUGCAUUUUGUGUGAAUCCGGCAAUAAUAUUUAUAACUAUAGAAAUAUUUUUGCCAGAUUGAAUUAUUUGAUUGCACAAAAUAAAUGUGACUGAUAUAUAAUGGAUUCAAAGAUGGUCCCAAAUUAUAUGAAGCAAUAUGAGUGAGUGAAAAGAAUAAUAGCAGAGAUAGGUGUGCAGUAAUGUUUUAGUUUACUUUUUACUUGAACAUUUUUACCCAGAUAGUGAAGUGGUUAUUAAAUAUGGAAAUCAGCUUUAGGCUAAACCGUACGUGACAAUGUAACAUGUAUGGAAUCUAAGAAGAACUGUGUUAUUUAGGCUAUAAGAUACACUAAUAAUAUCAUGAUACAUUUUAGCAUAUUUAGCUGUAUCAGUAGCAUGGCCAUUCUGUCCCAAGGGAGUUGUUGUUUGUUCAAAUUUCAAAACAUAAUGUAACAUUAGGUUAAAUACUAAAGCAAUAAGAUGACGAGGUUGUGCUGCAAAUGAUUCUUACAGCACAGCGGUGUGGUUAGAUAAGACCAUCUUCAAUAUCAUUAUACUUUUUAUGGAUAAUUUUUAUAGAUAUAUGAAAAAUAUUUUGUGCAUAAUGGGCCACAAGUUUGCAAUAUAGAAUGACUAUAAGAUGAGUAAAUACCUUCCUUUUCAGAGGUGGAAUGGUUAAUGAAGUUAAGAGCCUAAUAAUGCCUCAUAACCUUGUCCAUUGUGAUGUAUAUAAUAAAAGCAAUUUUAAACUGAGGUUAAACCUAGUAGCAUGUAGAAUUAUAGUUAUAGGCUUCUCAGACUUUUUGCAUCUAUGAAUAUUUCUAUAUUUAAGUGCAUAUUUUGACAUAUUUGGCAGGUGUUUCCACGCUCCGCAUAUGUUUUCUUGUCUGUUUGUAAGCUGGUAAUCCCAAACCCAAGCAUAUAAUUUUGCGUGCAGCACCAGGGUCCAAACUGUAGUUGGAGAUAUGAUCGCUAAAGUGGCAGCUUUUGCUUUGUAUAUUCUUAUGUGAUGAGAUAUCCCACCUGGUUAUGAAGAGCAAUAUAUUAUCCUUUACUUUAUAUAACAAUAAGAUGAAGAAGUAAAGAUUUGAGGAGGAGAAAAAGAAGUACUGAUUUUCUUUUCUCGGACUCAAAGUGCUUGCAUAGUUUGCUCCUUGGUUUACUAUAGUUCUUUGGGUAGUAAAGCAGAUGUGUGUUUAAAUUGAGGUUUUAGAGCAUGUGCAAACAGUGCUUUUGUAAACAAAUUGGAAUUAUUACCAGAAGGCUUUGGGUUCAAAUCCCAAGACUUGAAGAGCUCCUGUGCUUGUAUUUAGAAAUGUAAUUAAGUUAAAUUGCUUUAUUAAAUACCCAUCUGUAAUUGGCUAAAGUUGUCAGCUAUGUAAGUUGUAUUGGAUAGUAUCUGCUAAGCAAUAAAUAAUGUUAAAUAAGGUCAUGUACAGUAGCACAGCACAACUCUGUCAAAUCUUCCAAAGGAGUUUCAGGGCAACAUUUGGAAUUGGCUUCCACUAUAUGUCUUGAAGGAAUUUAGUAUCAUCCUGCUUGAUUGAGAUGCACUGCUCUUCUAAGGUUCCUGGUAGCUCUUGUAGCCGCCCCUGUCUGAGACUUGCUGUGGGGGGGAAGGUACAGGAGCUCCUGUCUUAACCAGGGUGAAAAUCGAAAUUUGGGAUUUGGCCAACUGGGCCCCUGUACCUUCUUGGUAUUUUCAAAACUGGGAUUGCAUAAAUAUUCAUAAUGGUAAUAUUUCCUUAAUGGCAAAAAAGUAUGAUUUUGAUAUUUGCAGACAGCAAGAGUGAAUGCUCACUUCAUGCUUGUCUUUGGUCCCAUGGUUCCCCUGGCAAAUAAACUGAACAAGGAGGCAUAUUCCACCAGUCAUACACGUCACAGUACAAGAUGAGAUGUUGCUAUUAGAAUCAUGGAGUCACAGUAACAAGCUCUCGAUUUAAAUGAUCUUUUGUUGAUAAAUUUAUGACAGUGAUGGUCCCAUGUUAUUAGUAUAUUGGUUAAUUAGAAUUCGAUCAUCAUACAAUUUUUUUGUGGCGUUUUCCAAACAGUUAAUUGUUACAUAUUUUCCAUGCAGUAGUUAUGAAGAGAUGAUCAAGUCUUUUUUCUGCUUAGUAAUUAGCAUGUACAUGGACUUACAGGGUCAGUGGUAAAAUAAUUGCUAUAAAUAUACCUCAAAGACAAAGAAUUGAGAGACUCAGGUAAAUAAUCAAUCGCCUCAGAGCUAAACACAAACAGAUAAAGACACUAGUUCACACUGAACACACGCACACUGAUUUCCUGCUAUUAAACAGUCAGUUCUCCCAUCAGAGGAUCCGUAGCCUUGAUUGGACACCUCUUCAUCAAACACCUCCCCCCUCCUUUUCUCUCUGUCUCCCUUUUUUUUCCUCCCAGCCAAUCACACAGCGUCAUGGAACUCACUAUGGAACCUGAAUGGCUGAUGCAAUAUGGGCAGACCUCUCAUUGGCCUGACCUUAAUCCAGGAACCCUCUUGGGUGAUCUGAUUGAAUGACAGAAAGGGAAAAUACAGCAAGGGA